AGAUUUCGUUUGGACUUAGGGAUUUACACGAAUUUGUAAAUAUUUUUUCUUCCGUUUCUGCGAAAAGGUAAAAUUUAAUUUGUUGAUGAUCGUAAAGUUUUAAAGAAUGAGGUUUUUUUUUUAACAAUGCAGAUACGGUUUCAAUAUAAGCAAAAUAACGUUUAGUUGGAAAACUUUGAAUGAGUUAAACUGCCUGAAAUCAGAAGCAUUUGAAAAUUUAGUUUUGAUUCCAACAUUCAUCAUUUCAAGCUUUACUGUAUGAGCUUUUCAUUUUGAUUUUUGAAUUUCAUGCGGCAUAAAAUACGUGACAAAGUUCGGGGUCACGGUUAUCAGCAAAUGAUUGGACAAAUCUUAGUCUCAGGCAACAAUCUGUCCCCAAAAUAUUCCCUUAGGGUUUUAUAAGCCCCAGGGGCUUGUGAUUAGACCUGAUUUUUUGCCAUUGACUUAACCUUAACCGUUUCGUUGUUUAUCGAUUUGUUACCAUCCAACGCUUUAAACUGGAUUGCAAACUAAACUGUAUUUAUUGGAUAAUUGAUAGCACUUAAUGGGACAAUGAACCAUUCAAUCGGACGAAAUGGGUGGCGUGCAUAAUUAGCCAACACCAACAACUUGUUUCCCGUGGUGGACACCAAUGAGCUGCCACGGCUUAACCAGAAUUUCAGUGCACAGAGUUUUGUGUGUGCAAUUAAACCAGUUACAAACGCCGACCAGCUUAGCUUGCUAAAUGGCUGACCGGAUUAGAAAGACAUGGGCCAGCUGCCCGUCGCGCAUGCGCAGUAUCCGUUUGGACUUUAAGUGGAGCAGUUGGCGCGAAAGUGAAAGGAUUACAGCAUGCAGCGUUGGAUUGUUUUUGGAGCCUGCUGUUUCUGGUGGCUUGCAGCUUCCGUCCAGGCCUUGGAGAGUAUUUUUGCUGCAUACAAUCUAGAGCUGGAGUUCCCGUCGCCACAGGAAAGGGAACGAGCUCUGAAGGAGGGCCUUUACGAUCCCGGCAAUGUGAUACCCAUUGACGUGGAUGUGUAUUACAAGCAUGGCGAUGCCACGCCCUCCAUAUUUGUUACGAUACCGCGUUUCGCCAAGGGUGUUCCAUACUCUUUGGCCUACGUCACAAACGAAAUGCGUCCGAACGGAACCCUUCUGCAGGCUUAUCCCAGCUACGAGUGGCACAAAUCUCACGGAGCUGAUUGCAAUGGCUUGACCUCGGUUUACCGCACUCAGAUAGAUGAAUGCGGACGCAUGUGGAUUCUGGACAGCGGUGAAAUCGACUUCAUUCAGCACUGCCCGCCGCAGUUGUACGCCAUUGACUUGGAGAGCGGUAAAGUUGUGCACCAGUACAAGAUGCCCAAGCGGCUGUACAAAGAGGGCGUAAGUCGAUUUGUCACGCCCACCGUGGAGCUGGACCCCCACAAUUGCGACGUGGGCUUCGUGUACAUGGCCGACUCAAUUGGGCAUGGCAUUGUGGUGUACGACGUGGCAGCCCAGCAGUCGUGGCGCAUUGAGAACAAGUUCACGUAUCCCCAUCCAGAUUUCGGCACCUUUACCAUAGCCGGUGAGAGCUUCCAGCUGUGGGAUGGCACUGUAUCCACCACUCUUACGCCGCACGGGUUGGGUGGUCGGCGAAUGAUGUACUUCCAUUCCUUGUCCAGCGAGUGGCAGAUCGCCAUCCCACUGGAUGUGGUCAACAAUGGCAGCAACUGGCGGCUGAACGAUGUAAGUGCCGCCCUGGAUCAGUUCCAGGUGCUGGGAAAGCGAGGAAGCCAGUGCGUGGGAACGGCCAUGAGUGAAUCGGGUUUUCUGAUCUGCGGUUUGGUUCAGCCGGCUAGCAUUCUGGCCUGGAACAUCCGCUCUGCGUACAGCCACCAGAAUCUGGUGAUGUUAGUGGAGGAUGAGCAGCGCUUGCAGUUUUCCAGCGGUCUAAAGAUUGUGCGGAAUCACGAGGGCAAGGAGGAGCUCUGGGUCCUGUCUAAUCGGCUGCAGAAAGCCUUUGGCUCGGGAUUGGAUUUCAAGGAGAUCAACUUUCGCAUACAAAAGUGCGGCGUUCAGGAGUUGCUUAGCGGAAAGCCGUGCAUUUAAAUCUAGUGCUCAAUAAAGCUGAUAAUGAAAUGGAA